AUGGGGAGGUCACCUGUGUCCCUAGGUGACAGGGUGACACGUAAGCAGCUCCUGAUGCAGCUUCGAGGUGUCAGGAGCGAGGGGUUCGAAGUACAACGUGCGACUGGGUCUGUACGUGCGUGGGGUGGUGAGAAAUCCGGAUCUAUAGGUGGUGGUUGCAUCUCUCGCACUGGUGCCUAUGGAUUGGAGAACCUCUGGUGCCUUGUGUUAAUGUGCGUGCCAAGAUUGUUCAAAGCAAUUUUGGCUCCUCUGCUUAUCAGGGCUGAGCUCGUACUGACGUUUACAGACGGUGUUUGCCAUCUCUCCUUACCAGAGUUAGCUAGUAUGAGUUCUGUCAUCUUUGUUGUAUUUGUGUCUUCCAACUACAGUUUUAUUCUGAGCAUUAGUGAAGAGGAAGCCAGGGUGAAGGCUUUGAACGAGUACCUGAGCACUCGUAGUUAUAUCCAGGGGUUCACAUUUUCACAUGCAGAUGUGGAGGUAUUCAGAAAGUUUUCGAGGCCACCUGUGGACCAGUAUAUCCAUGUUGUCCGGUGGUACAGACACAUAGAAGCAAUCUAUGAUGACAGCAGUGAAAAAAAUGAGCCUUGUAAACUACAAACAAGUAAAGGCAAGCGUGUGCAGCCCCCCUGGUCUCCUCCUGAAGGGACAAAACAUUCUAGGCUCUGCCUCUACAACAGCCUGACUCGCAGUAAGGAACUAUUUCAGCCUCAGAAUGGAAAAAAGGUCUUGUGGUAUUGCUGUGGUCCAACAGUUUAUGAUGCUUCUCACAUGGGACAUGCCAGGUCAUACAUCUCAUUUGAUAUCCUGAGAAGAAUCUUGAGGGAUUAUUUUAAAUAUGACAUUUUCUAUUGUAUGAAUAUUACAGAUAUUGAUGAUAAGAUCAUCAAGAGAGCAAGACAAAAUUACCUUUUUGAACGGUAUAGAGAGAACAAAUCAGCACCAGAUCAGCUACUUGAAGAUGUUAAAACUGCCUCAGAGCUCUUUUCAGUUAAAUUAAAUGAGACAACAGAUCCAGAUAAAAAGCAAAUGUUGGAAAGAAUUCAGAGUGCGGUGAAGUCUGCUUUUGACCCUUUACAAGAAGCUGUGCAAGCAAAACUCCCUGCAGAAGAGAUCAACAGAUGUCAUGAGAUACUAUUGGAAGAAGCCAAAGAUUUGCUGUCUGACUGGUUGGACACAAAAUUUGGCAGUCAGGUGACUGACAACUCCAUGUUCUCAAAGCUCCCAAAAUUCUGGGAAGGGGAAUUUCAUAAAGAUAUGGCAGCGCUCAAUGUUUUACCUCCAGAUGUUUUAACACGGGUUAGUGAAUAUGUGCCAGAAAUUGUGGAUUUUGUGAAAAAGAUUGUGGAUAAUGGUUAUGGGUAUGUGUCCAAUGGAUCUGUAUACUUUGAUACUAUGAAGUUUGAUUCCAGUGAAAAACACUCCUAUGCUAAGUUGGUUCCUGAAGCUGUAGGUGAUCAGAAAGCUCUUCAAGAGGGUGAAGGUGACCUGAGCAUCUCAGCUGAUCGCUUAAGUGAGAAGCAUUCUCCAAAUGAUUUUGCCUUGUGGAAAUCCUCCAAGCCAGGAGAGCCCUCAUGGGACUCUCCAUGGGGAAAGGGUCGCCCAGGUUGGCACAUUGAAUGUUCCGCGAUGGCUGGAUCCAUUCUAGGAGAGUCAAUGGAUAUUCAUGGAGGAGGGUUUGAUCUCCGUUUUCCCCACCAUGACAAUGAACUGGCACAGUCUGAGGCAUACUUUGAAAACAAUCACUGGGUUCGGUAUUUUCUGCAUACUGGCCACUUAACUAUUGCUGGCUGCAAAAUGUCCAAGUCUUUGAAGAAUUUCAUUACCAUAAAAGAUGCACUGAAGAAACAUACAGCACGACAGUUACGGUUGGCUUUCCUCAUGCACUCUUGGAAGGAUACACUGGAUUAUUCAAAUAAUACCAUGGAGUCAGCUAUUCAGUAUGAGAAGUUUAUGAAUGAGUUCUUUUUAAAUGUGAAGGAUAUUCUUCGAGCUCCCACUGAUGUGACAGGCCAGUUUCAGAAAUGGGAAAAUCAGGAAGCAGAGCUGAACAAAAUUUUUUACGACAAGAAGGCAGCAGUUCAUGAAGCACUGUGUGACAAUAUUGACACUCGCUCUGUCUUAGAAGAGAUGCGAUCAUUAGUCAGUCAGAGUAACUCCUAUAUUGCUGCAAAGAAAUCUUCCAGACAAAUGCCAAACAGACUUCUUUUAGAAAACAUCAGUUCCUAUCUCACUGAAAUGCUAAAGAUUUUUGGUGCCAUAGAAAGUGACGACACAAUUGGUUUUCCUGUUGGAGGGAAUAGUCAAAACAUAAAUAUUGAAUCUACAGUGAUGCCUUACCUACAAGUACUUUCUGAGUUCAGAGAAGGAGUGCGACAAAUUGCAAGAGAGAAGAAAGUAACUGAAGUGCUGCAGUUGAGUGAUGCUCUUCGAGAUGACAUCCUUCCUGAGCUUGGUGUUCGAUUUGAAGAUCAUGAAGGACUUCCAACUGUGGUUAAAUUAGUGGAUAAGGACACAUUAUUGAAAGAAAGAGAAGAAAAGAAAAAGAUUGAAGAAGAGAAAAAAAGGAAGAAAGAAGAAGCAGCCAGGAAAAAACAAGAGCAGGAAGCUGCAAAACUGGCAAAAAUGAAGAUUCCACCACAUGAAAUGUUUAAAUCCGAACAUGACAAAUAUUCCAUGUUUGAUGAAAAUGGAUUUCCUACCCAUGAUACAGAAGGCAAAGAACUCAGCAAAGGACAAAUUAAGAAACUAAAGAAACUUUAUGAAACCCAAGAGAAGCUAUACAAGGAGUAUCUACAAAUGGUCCAGAAUGGAAAUGCAAAUUGAAAACAACAGGACUUUUUUUUAGAAGGCGAGUGCUGGGUCACCAUUGAAGACGUGAGCAUGUACUGCUGCUCAGAUUCCUGUUUACACUUUCUAUUAUGUGCAAAGUAAAAAUCCUGUUUAUGUGGAUUAGUAAUGUCAUCUGGAAAGUCAAUAAAAAUCCAUUCUUAAAAAAAGCCAACCCGUAAGAAGUUUCUUCACAACAGCAGCAGGUUGAAUGGUUGCCAGUUCUAUUUGGGAAGGUGCUGCUUAGUCAGCAAAUCCACAUAAGGAUUCUUGUUUAUUAUAGCUGUCCAGGCUUUGGCUAAUUUGUCCUGCAUACUGAUCUCUAUCUAAAACCACUGUAGCUUGCAUUCUGGGAUAUGUCACAGCAAAAUUUACUGCUAAAGGGGAGCUGAGUAAUUUGUCCCAUAGUAAGAAAAAAAUUUUCCAGAUGACUUCAGUAUCUUUUCAUAAGCAGGAAAAACUGGGUAGUUCCACUAUGAUACUUACACUAGCUGCUGUUAUUAAAAACUCUCAUAAGUAUACCCAGAGCACUUUGCAUAGUAGAAGCUAACAGUCCCUUUGUUGCAAAAGGGAACAGAUCAUCAUCUUUGCUUAACCUGCAGUGGCAAUAAGGUGAGUAAGUAGAAGGGAAAUGCACGGGCAU